GACAUGGAAAAAGAUAAUGCAACACUACUGACAGAGUUAAUUCUCACAGGACUCACAUAUGAACCACAGUGGCAAAUCCCCCUAUUCCUGGUGUUCUUGGUUAUUUAUCUUCUCACCAUUAUGGGGAACCUUGGUCUGAUUGCCCUCAUAUGGAAUGACCCUCAGCUUCACAUCCCCAUGUACUUUUUCCUUGGAAGUUUGGCAUUUGUGGAUGCUUGGGUAUCAUCCACAGUGACCCCCAAGAUGCUGGUCAACUUCUUUGCCAAGAGCAAAAUGAUAUCUCUUCCUGAAUGCAUGAUACAGUUUUUUUCCUUGGCAAUCAGUAUAACCACGGAAUGUUUUCUGCUGGCAACAAUGGCUUAUGAUCGCUAUGUGGCCAUAUGCAAACCAUUACUUUACCCAGUGAUUAUGUCCAAUACAUUAUGCAUCUGGCUGUUAGUUUUGUCAUUUUCAGGUGGCCUUCUUCAUGCCAUAAUUCACAAUGCUUUCUUAUUCAGAUUAACCUUCUGCAAUUCCAUCAUAUUACAUCACUUUUACUGUGACAUUAUGCCAUUGUUUAAGAUUUAA